AUGGUCGUCUACGUUACUACAACAUCAGGAACUAAGGCAGCCGUUCCACGCCACGUCCCAUUUCUUACCACCUUUGGAACCAGACCAAUUUCCUUCCGUCCUUCAGCAUUGUCACAGAAGUUCAUAGGCCUUUAUUUUACUCCUAGAAUAUUCCUUGCAAUGUACUCCCCUGUGGAACUAACAGAGCAUCGGGAGGAGUUGAGAGAGGAGAUUGAGAAGAUGUGGCAGGAGCAGAGGGAUAAUGUUGAGUGGUGGUAUGUUGAUAGUAGGACUUCUGCUACGCAUAAUUCUGCUACUUAAAGAGAAGGUACGGGUGCGGAACCCAACGAGCAAAGCGCAGAGACUCAUAAGACCGACGAGGAGACCGCUGCAAAUGAGAAGUCUGCUACGCAGUCCUAA